UGAUGCCACUUAAAAUGGAGGAUUUACUUCAUUACUUGGUUAUAAAGAAACCACUUAGCCAACAGCUGGGUCUUUAAGGAACCAAAAAGAAAGAAGAAGAAGAGGAAGACACAGAGGAGUAUGCAUGCGCUGAUAUGCGUGUUUUUGCGCUGCCUUUCUUUGCUCGCUCCGUCCCCCUGGUGGCGUGGGGAUGAGUGUGGGGGGGCGGCAUGGCCCAAUCCAAGAGCCCGAUUCAAAGGGAAAAAGCCUCUUACACAUCAGGAAGUGAGCGCGCAAGACACGUCCCUCCCCUUCGCCUCCGCCGCUCCUAGUCUCGUCUCGCCGGCCGCUGGCCCCGCGUCGCCCCGGGGCUCUCCGUGGGGCAGGAUCUGGGAGCUGUGGCGAGCAGCGGAGCGCGUCCUGGUCGUCCCCGUCCACCUCUACCGGCGGCGUUGUCGAAAGGGACGAUCGGCGGACACCCCGUAUCCUCCCGUUCGCAACUCGGCCGCUGACGGGGGUGGCAUCGGGCGAAGCGCGGCGGUGGCGACGGGGAGCGAGCGAAGCGCCCGCGAAGAGGAAGCGGACAGAGCUGCGGCACAAGCGUUAACGGCAGGCAGCAUGAGCGCCAUAGCGGCGGCGGCUGCCAUCCCCGACUGCGCCGAGCCCACGCCGGAUGCAGGUGACCGAAACGUCUCUACUGACAGUCAGCUGCAAGAGAUGGGCACUCGGGUGCGGAUAACGGUGGCCAUCCAGGCGGCUGAGGAUGAGGAUCCCGGGGAGGACGCGCAGACGAACCACCUGGACUUAGCCGGAGGCAGCUGCAGCGAGGACGACUUUGGAAGAUCGGAUAAACACGGCGGUGUGGGCACAAGUGGUGGGGAGAUGGAGGAAGAAGAGGAAGAGGAGGAGAGUUGGGUUCCGCCGGAUGCAGAGCUGAUGCAGAAGCUGGUGGCCCAGAUCGAGUACUACCUGUCUGAUGAGAACCUCGAGCACGAUGCUUUUCUGCUGAAACACGUCCGCCGCAACAAGCUGGGCUACGUCAGCGUCAAGCUGCUGACCUCCUUUAAGAAGGUGAAGCACUUGACGCGCGACUGGCGGACGACGGCGCAUGCGCUGCGGCAGUCUGCGCUGCUGGAGCUCAAUGAGGAGGGCCGCAAGGUGCGCCGGCGCUCGGCGGUGCCCGUGUUCGCCAGCGAGAGCCUGCCCAGCCGCAUGCUGCUGCUGAAUGAUCUACGGCGUUGGCCUGAACUGGGGACAGCCCUGAUGGGAGGGGAAGGGGGCAUGGCUAAUGGAGGAGGAGGAGGAGCCGAAGGGGGUGGUACCACCCAACAGGAGCAUCCAAUGGAGGUGCUGCUGCGGGCCUUCGGAACCUACGGGCCCAUCGCCUCUGUGCGCGUCCUGAAACCCGGCAAGGACCUAGCGCCUGACCUGAAGAAGCUGAGUGGCCGCUACACCCAGCUGGGCACGGAGGAAUGCGCCAUCGUGGAGUUCGAGGAGGUGGAAGCCGCUAUCCGGGCUCACGAAGCAGUGGGUGGCGGCAGCCUGGGGGUGAAGGUGGUGCUGAUUGGGACCAAGCCGCCAAAGAAGAAGGUGACCAAGGAACGGCAGAGGGACGAGGGCAGCGCCGCCAAGAACCGCUCCCUGAACAGCCGCGUGCGGGAGCUGCAGUACCAGGGUGACGACUCGGCCUGCAGCUCCUCCGAGACGGAGAGCAACCCCACCUCGCCCCGGCUGGCCCGGAAGGCACGUUCCGGCAACAAGCUGAGCCCCACGGGUGGCUCUGGCUAUCAGCAGAACCACUUGAGCCCCACGGCGUCACCGCGCACCAGCCCCUGGUCCAGCCCGAGGGCCAGCCCCUGCUCCCAGCGCCGCGCCCUGUGCACUAACAAGUCUCCCCUGGCUGCAGAGGGCCGCCUAAGCCCCGAUUCGGGACGUCGGUGGGCGGACUACUCCUCAGACAGCAGUGUGACUCCCUCCGGCAGUCCCUGGGUGCAACGGCGCCGCCAGGUGGCUUCCCAGGAGAACAGCCCAUCAGGCAGUCCGAUGCUAGGCCGCAAGAUCCAGAACGCAGACGGGCUCCCGCCAGGGGUUCUGCGCCUCCCCCGCGGGCCUGAUGGUACCCGUGGUUUCCACAGUGGCUCCAUGGAGCAGCGCUGCAAGGCUGUGGCCCCCCAAACCCCAGCUGUGUAAAGUGGGAAGUGCCAUACUUCUUGAUGACGCCCCCCCCCCCCGACCUUGCCCAUUAACUUUGCAAAAAUAACUUCUUCCUACCCCCUGGACGAUGGAAUAUUUUUUUAUUUUUCUUUUCUAUUCCAGUAUAUAAAGUAUGGCAGAUCUGUACCAGCACGUUUUGGUUUGUCUACAUGUUGACUUGGUUUGUGACCUGUGAUUAUAUGCUAUCAAUGGCCUAACUGCAAGACUUAUUUUUUUUUUCUUCAUCCUGGUUUCUGAGAAAUCCUGACUGUUAAGAACUCUUAUCGAUUUGGGGCCAUUUGCUGAUUCAUUGGCUUUCGUGUAAGAAAGGGACCUCAACUGACAGUGACACACGCACUUUGUCAAUGUCCGUCUCUAGAUGGAUGGCUUAUCGACGGAAAGCAUCAGCGAAGCAUUUUCCAUUGACCUUUUGCAAGUUUGACUUGCUGUUUGAACGAAAUCCUUUGUCACACCAGUGGGGGAUUCUGUUAUCCCUUGCAUUUCUUCCUUUUUUGUUUUAAUUAUUAUUUUAAUUGGUGUGACUUUUUUUUGUGUGGAGCAUAGGGUGGGGGGUGGGUGUGGCUUGUUGGUAAUUUAUAGGCUCAGUUGUGACUGGGGGGGUGUAUCAUGUCUGAUCUGGGCCAAUGAAAUGUGUAUGUGUCCUUGUAAAAAUAAAUACUUUAAUUGGCA